CAAACUAAUCAAUACUAAACAAAUUACGGAAAAAAUAGUCGAAUAUGCUUCUCGUCCGGUAGAUGAUAUAGAAAUUCCCGACGAUGAGGAAGAUAAUAGUUUGGAAGAGAUAACCAAAGAAAAAACGGAGUUAAAAUCCGAGAUAGAAAAAGAAGAAGAUAGCAUUAAAAGACUUCAACAAGAAUUAAAUGAGGCUCAAAAUAGAGUCCAACAAUUAAAAACUCGUCUUAAUGAAUUAGAACAACAAGAACUCCAAGCCCAAAUCCAAAUCCCUCCCAAAUCUCCCCAAUAA